UCCCUAGGGUUUAUCACAGUCUCACACCCCACGCAGCGAGCUCCCCGCCGCCGCCGCCGCCGUCUUCGCCCGCUCGAGCGCGGACGAACCUUAGGCGCCGAGAAAGAUGGCGAGGGGUUUGAAGAAACAUCUCAAGAGGCUAAAUGCUCCUAAGCAUUGGAUGCUUGACAAGCUUGGUGGUGCAUUUGCACCCAAGCCUUCUUCUGGUCCCCACAAAGCCAGGGAGUGCUUGCCUUUGAUCCUGAUCCUCAGGAACAGGUUGAAGUAUGCUCUGACCUAUCGUGAAGUUAUUUCAAUCUUGAUGCAGCGUCAAGUUAUGGUUGACGGCAAGGUCAGGACUGACAAGACAUAUCCAUCUGGAUUCAUGGAUGUUGUGUCGAUUCCAAAGACUGGAGAGAAUUUCCGCCUUCUCUAUGACACCAAGGGACGCUUCCGUCUCCACAGUAUCAGGGAUGAUGAGGCUAAGUUCAAGCUUUGCAAGGUGCGGUCUGUGCAGUUUGGGCAGAAGGGCAUCCCUUUCCUGAACACCUAUGAUGGGCGCACAAUCCGCUACCCAGACCCUCUCAUCAAGGCCAAUGACACCAUCAAGAUUGACCUGGAGACCAACAAGAUUGUAGACUUCAUCAAGUUUGAUGUUGGGAACGUCGUGAUGGUGACUGGUGGAAGGAACACUGGGCGUGUUGGGGUGAUCAAGAGCAGGGAGAAGCACAAGGGCAGCUUCGAGACCAUCCAUGUUGAGGAUUCACUCGGCCACCAGUUUGCCACCCGCAUGGGCAACGUGUUCACCAUUGGCAAGGACAAGAAGCCGUGGGUGUCUCUUCCUAAGGGCAAGGGCAUCAAGCUCAGCAUCAUUGAGGAGGCGCGGAAGCGCAAUGCUGAGGCUGCUGCCGAGGCUUGAUUUCUUACAUGUUAGGCUACUGAAAAACCAUUGCUGUAAGCAUUUCUAUCAGAAGAUGUAGACGUGCCUGCCGGACACAAGUGUUAUCAUGGGGCUGUUCUUGAACAGUGAAGUCUUGUGCUAUUUUGAACACUGAAGUAGUUGAUCCAUAUUCUUUUUUGAUACUUUGUUUUAUCAUGUGAUUUCGUUUCUUGAGCAAAUGAGAGGCUACAAUGUGUUUUGUUU